AUGGAUGGAGCGAGCGAGAUAGGACUUGCGGCUGCAUCUGCAGCGGCAUCCAAGUUAGCCAGCAAAGGCCGUGCUCAGGUCGUGGAGGAUCCACAGGAGAAGGAGGCGCGGCAAGCGCAAGACUGGAACGCAGAGGUGCGUAAACGAUGGCGACAGAAUUUCGCACGGCAGCAUGAGCCGCUGAACCAACCUCAGGGCCAGAAUCCUGGCGACGUCUCCUUCACGAGGUGGCUGUGCCCCACAAGCCGCAUCCACGACCGACAAGCCUUCCACGGCAUAAGGAAUGCCCGCAUGCAGGAGGUUUGGGCGGUGGAGGCGCGGCAGCGCUGGCACGAGAAGCAUCCGAAGCCAACGUGGAGAGAGAAAGCUGUUGACUUGUCGCUGCCCUCCUGA